UCAUUGAGUCGAGACAGAGUCAACAGCAUUUAGGCCGGCCGGUCAUUGAGAAGAAGCAAGAUCGUAAAGGCUAACUCCGGUGUAGGUUUGAUAGGAAAUAAUCUCAUGAAAAAAUGGAUGAUGAAGCUGAAAUUUACAAGCUAUGGAGGAUAAGAAAAACUGUAAUGCAGAUGUGCCAUGAUAGAGGGUAUUUAGUUACUCAAGAUGAACUGGAUCAAACAAUAGAACAAUUUGUGGACCAUUUUGGAGAUAAGCCAAGUGAGAACAGACCGUCAAGAAGUGACCUGUCCAUUUUAGUGGCACAUAAUGAUGAUCCUACAGAUCAGAUGUUUGUGUUUUUCCCAGAGGAGGAAAAAGUUGGAAUCAAAACAAUUAAGCAAUACUGUACAAGAAUGCAGGAAGAAAAUAUCAACAGAGCAAUAAUUGUUGUGCAACAUGGAAUGACUCCUUCAGCAAAGCAGGCGCUUGUUGAUAUGGCACCAAAAUACAUAUUGGAACAAUUUCUUGAAACAGAGUUGCUUGUAAAUAUCACUGAGCAUGAGCUAGUACCAGAACAUGUUGUUAUGACUCCAGAAGAGAAAGCCGAGUUAUUAGCAAGGUACAAACUGAAAGAGCAUCAACUGCCCAGAAUACAGCAGGGUGAUCCAGUUGCUAGAUACUUUGGUUUAAAACGUGGUCAGGUUGUCAAAAUAAUUCGUCCAAGUGAGACAGCAGGAAGAUAUAUCUCUUAUCGGCUAGUUCAGUAGGAACAGGAACAAAACGUUUCAGCAUUGUCAUUUGCAGAUCUUGCUCUCAACUCAGCCUGAUGAAGAAUUUAAGUCUUAUGGCAAAGUCUAACAAGGAAAAUUCUUUUCUGUGGUUAGAGAGGACAUCAGUCAUCAACACUAUUUGAAACAUUUGGCCCUAGAACAUUUGCUAAACAUAUCAAUAACAAUCAGAGUUGCUUGUACUGACUGGAAACUGCCAUUAAAAAAGGAGUUGAAAGUGUUUAUUAAAAUGUUUUCAAUUUUUUUAAAAAUAGAAAUGGUAAAAAUUUCAAAGUCUAGUUA